AUGUCCACAGAGGUCAACGCCAAGGGCUACGGCGGCACAGAUUCGUCUCCAGCGCUCGAACCCCUGCUCAAGAGCGAUGCGAAGGAGGGCGUCGAGCCCGUCGGCGCGGGCUCCGACGGCAGCGGCCCGCCCAAGGACGACCCGGGCGAUGUCAUCUUCGGCCUGAAGCUCGGCUUCGACGGGGUGUUCGCGGUCCUCGCGCUGCUCACCGUCGUGCUCAUCAGCGCGUCGUGCUACUUCGAGGAGUGGAUGUACAAGAGGCUCCCGAACUUCAACUACUUCUGGACGGUGGCGUGCGCGGAGCUGGCGGUGUUCACGGUCGCCUCCGUCGCGGGCGCGGUGGCCACGGGCACGAUCGCGCAGCCCCGCAGGGCUCCGUUCCUCAAGUACCUGCUCCAAGCGACGGUGAUGGCGGUGUACGCGGCGAUCGCCAAGAUCGCGUACAAGUACCUCAACUACGCCACGGGCACCGUCCUGAGGUCCACGAAGCUGGUGUUCGUCAUGGCCAUCAGCGUGGCGUGGCUGGGACGCAGGUACUCUGCGUGGGAUUACGCCGCGGCGAUUGGGAUGAUCGUCUCCGUCGCGUGCUUCGGGCUCGGCGAGGCGCACGCGGACAAGGGCCAGGAUCACACCUGGGGGUACGUCCUCUCCGUGCUGGGUCUCGGUCUGGCGGCGUUGCAGACGAACAUGGCGGACAACGCGAUGAGGGACCACGGCGCCACGUCGUUGGAGAACAUGCUCUACGUCAACGGACUCGGGUUUUGGAUCGUGUUGGUGUUCGCGGCGGUGGUGGACGGCGAAGCGGCGAUCGACUACAUGCUGCACACGGAGAACGCCCUGACGCUGCUCAUCGCGAGGUCGCUGACGUUCUACCUCGGCGCGUUCGCGUUCACCGAGCUCACCAGGCACAGCGGCGCCACGCCCGCCACGUCGGUGGCCACGGCGAGGAAGGCGCUUACGGUGAUGCUGAGCUUCGUCGCGUUCCCGGACGACAAGCCGUUCAGCGGGUGGUUCCUGGCGGGUAUCCUGACGUUCAUCGCCGCCAUCGGGCUCGAGCUGAAGAGCAGGAUAGAGAAGAAACGGCGGUGA